CAUCUCCUCGGUCCGGUUUUCGCAUAUCCUUCUGUUGUUCAGGAUGGCGAGAAACUGAGAGCUGCUUCGAGACACGAUAACCGGUUAGGUUAACCGUCCGCUGUUUGCGCGAGCGGUCAUGUUUGUGUUGCUGCGUCUCCUCAUCUAUCGAGACGUUUCGAUUUCAUCGACCUCGACGAUGUCCCGCGAUUCGUUUCUUUUCUCCAUCGCUUAGAUUUACGAGCCGCAAAAAUAUCGAAUGAGAAAAAAAAAAACUCUGAUGGAAACGUUUAACCUCUUUCAGGAACAUGUUCCGCAUAGCAUUUCUUUUACUCGCGCAAAGUAAAGUCUGUCUAACCCGAUAAUUUCUCGUCUCGAUGACAGAUUGACAGUCAUUUGACAGAUAACACGGAUAUAAAAAUAAUUUGUAAUGAUGAAGGCUGCUUUUCACGAAUUUAUAUGUGUUGAAUAAAUCCUCUUUUUCAAACAUCACGCAAUAAAGGUUGAUAUUAAUAUUAUUUUUGUUUUAAUUAUAGUCCAUUAAUAAUUUUUUCUUAAAGUUUUGCAUGGAUUGUCACAACAGAUAAAUAUUUGUCGCAAUUAUUCUUUGAAUGUAGCAUCAGUAUGACACGACAAUAAUUUGUUAAAAUUGUGACAGAUUGCAACUUGUAAAAAUAAUGGUAAAACCGAUGACUUGACUUUCUACUUUAUAGCAAUUAUUGAUAAUAGCAAUUUACCUAUAAUUUUUCGGAAAAUGAAAAGAUGAAACGACUGUAAAUUAUAUGAUUGAUUGUUGUAAUAAUUUUGUUAUAAUAAGAAAUUUUAGAGAUGAGUUUACAUAGAAAGAGCUAAAUUUUUUCGAUAUCGAAAACAAAUUAUAUUUACCUUUUUUUCCAAUAAUACAAUACAUACAAAUUAUCACUAUUUGUUAAAUUUUCUCCCAUGAUGUAAUAAUCUAAACAAUUGAGUGUAAUCUGUUAUAACCUGUUAAAAUUAUACUCUGUCAUAAAAGUACAAGUUAAACUUUACAGAAUUCUAAAUUCUUGCUUAAAAGUUUCUAAAGUUGCUUAAAGUAACUUUUGUGCACAUCAUUUUAUUAUCUCUCAUCAAUUUUUUUUUGUAUAAAUGUUUUCUACAUUUGCUAGUAAUUCAAGUAAUGAGUCAAGUAAUGCGUUAUUGGAUGGUUGUACUGAAAAUGAGGUUCAAGAAUACAAGGAUUCUCUUAAGACUAAGGCGGAGGAAUUGUUGAUAAAAGGAUUUCCUGAGAAAAUAGUUAAAUUAAAUGAAUUGCUGGAGACACCUGGAUUCUGUAACCGGAAGUUGUCAGAUGUACAUCAAGAAUUAAACGUUCCAAUUCCAGACCCUAUAAUUCUUAAUCAUUCCGAAGAUGCCCCUGCUACAAAAAAGCUUAAGUUGGACAAUAAUGCAGAAGAAACCAGUGGAACCAAAGUUAUGGUACUACCAAACGGUCCAGUACCGUGCAACAAAAAAUUAUGUGAUCUGAUUUACAUAGUUAAACCAUACAUUAGACAACUUUUGGAGGAUUCUAAUUUACUAAAAAUGUGGAUUUCUUUCCUGAUUCCAAAAAUUGAGGAUGGGAAUAACUUUGGUGUAUCAAUACAAGAAGAUACAUUAUCUGAGAUUCAAUCAGUUGAGAGCGAAGCAGCCGCGUUCUUCGAUCAAAUUUCUAGGUAUUUCAUCUCUAGAGGAAAGAUCGUUAGCAAAGUCGCGAAAUAUCCACACAUUAUCGAUUAUAGAAGAGCGAUUCAAGAAUUAGAUGAAAAGGAAUAUGUGAGUUUAUGGCUCGUCAUGUGUGAGGUUCGCAAUCGCUAUUGUUCGUUGCACGAUCUUGUGAUCAAAAACCUUGAAAAGAUCAAACGGCCACGUUCCUCUAAUGCACAGUCUCUGUACUAGGCAUGUUGGUAAAUGCGCUGUACCUAUGUGCAGAAUAAUUCAAUAUGAACGUAAAAAAAUCCGCAAAAUAUAAUAAUAUAAAAUAAAACUCAUCUUCAUCGACAUAAUUCAACUGCCUUGAUAUUAGUCCAUCAUUCGUUUUAUUGAUUAUGACACUAUAUAAAUAAAAUCGAUAGCUAUACUUUUCUGAAAUUGUAUUGUAUAAAAUAUACUUAACUUAUUCAUAUAUUUUUAAGUUUAUAUAUAACUGACUCUUUCUUUCAUUAUUGAUACAUUAAAAAAAUAUCUCGGAUUUUAGAGUUAAAUUAAGAUCAAAUUUUUCCAAUGAUUUUUUUCAAUAGAAAUCUUUCAAAUCAUAUUUUAUUGUUCUUAAAUUUCAUCGAUAAUUUGAAAUUUUAUAUUGAGCAUAAUACCUCUGCAUAAUUUUUAUUAUAAAGUUAUAUGGUAUAGCAAACUUGCAUGUAAUUUUGCCAAUUAUAUAAUCAAGGUGCUUACAAAAGCCGUAAACAAGUGGUAAGAUAAAAUUUAGCAUAGAAGUGAAUCAUUUUUUGUAAUUUAUAUUUAUAAGAAGAUUGAAAUGCAUAGAUCACGAGCUAUUUUAAAUAUGAUAUUUAAAUAUUCUUUUUUUUUCUGCAAAUGUUAAUGCAUUAUUGUGCGAUAAAUCCUAAAUAUAAGAUAAACACACAAGAUUACAGCAUACAGAAUAUAGCAUAUAGCAGUUGAUGCUCGAAAUAAAUUUCUUUAAAGUUGUGAGAUAUACACCUUUUUUCUGCAUUUUGUAUGAGCAAAAAAUGUUUUAUGUAGAAACAAAAAGAGUAUGUGUUGAUAGAAGACAUAUACUGAACAUAUAUUACAUUAAAAUUGAAAUAAAUACAAUACUCACAAUUAAA